AUGUCCAGACCAACAUCAGUGUUCCCCUCGACGGGGAGCUCUUCAUCCCUAAGGCAGUCCUCCAUAUACUCCGCUACUUCACAGCAGUCGUCCGUUCUCGCAGCGCGGAUCGCAUCCAAGCGACUCGAGCUUGAAAACCUCAGGCAACUACGCGACGUGAGUGGGGCAUUGGCAGCGCAAAUAGAAGCAUUGGAGGAGAAGCUAUCUACUCUUAAAGGCGGAACUGAAGCCGUAGCAUGCGUGAUGGCCAAUUGGGGUAAUGUUCUCAGUGCAAUCAGCAUGGCAUCCACCAAGGCAGCUGCAGCAAGUGAACGGGAUUCUCCUGUCCAAGGGAGGGAAGCGGAUAAUGACGACCAAAAGGCACUGCGUCUCCCAUCAACGCUGGUUCGUAUCCCUGCAGAACAGCCAAGCAUGUCGCGAAGGAGGGGAGGCGAGUCAAGCGAGGGGUGA